CGUACGCUCGACUGCGGCGGUCGCAGCUUCUGCUAUGAUUUCAUGUACUUAUAAUCUUCCAUGUCAGGAUGCUUUGCGAUUUCGUAGUGCAUGAAAAUAAAAUUUUGAAAUUUCGCGGAUUUGGUUUUUCAAUAAAAAUAAAAUCUUAAAAUUUCGCGGAUUGAAAAUUCCUUACAUUUUCUACGUUGCACAUCUAAAUGGACCGGCUAUUCACACGUAAUAUCCGCUGUUCCGUGAACCUGAACACAAAUAAAGCUUUAAACUUUCGCAAGUUUUUAGCUUAAUAAAAAUAAAAUUUUGAAUUUUCGCGGUUGUUGGAAGUCGAGAGACAUUGCAGUGUUCUUGUAGCACCAGAAGCAGAGUCACAGCUAUCUUCCGAGAGUGAACUUCUUGUGUCCGCUUUUCGUCGUCAAUAGAAAUAAAAUUUUAAAAAUCCGCGGCCAUGGGAAACCAAAACUAAAGCACUCACCAUGUAUACACUUGCAACUAACAUCCGGGAUGUAGCGUCGCUGUCUAUUAGGGGCAACUUCUUCAGGUGUUGUGUAUUUUUUAGGUCAAUUUGUGAUGUAGCCAAGUCAGUAUUCAUGUUUAUCUAAACUAUCCAGGUCAAGACCGGUCUUCCAAGCGGAUAUGGUGGUCACGAUCCCGUCAGGAACCACGAUGUUCUGCACCACAACACCGGUGUCUACGAGAAGAUGAAGGGAGAAAGCUUAGCUCCAAGCCGGUAUGUUAUUUUCCCGUUAUCGAAGAUUUACAGGGCGUUGUUUUCGUUCCGGCUCUGCAUGACAAGUGUAGUCCAUGUAGCGCUGUGUGAACAUCUUCACGCCGCGUGAGAUCACGAACACACAGAUGAAGAUCACAUUUUAGUACAAUGAAAAACCACAUACAAUCAAACAGUGACACCUUCCCGUGCUUCGCCCAGCAGAAGGACGGUCAGAUGACCU